AUGAGUAGUUAUAAUACCGGGGGUGGAGGGGGAAAUUGGUCGAGAGGAAGAUCGCGUGGUGGGUGGAGGGGACGUCGUGGAGCUGGAAGAGGGAAUUAUUUCAGUGCUCACCGUAGCAAUGUAGUAAACCCAGGUGGUCAACAUAAUGUGAAUACUUCAAGUUCAACAAGACCAAGACUGGUGCAGACAACCCUUGACAAUAUUAACCCAUCCCCUUACAAGGGAUGGAACUUGUACAUGACUGACGAAGGUUAUUCUGAUAAUUCCCCAACUGUAGUCAAAGUACAAACAUUUGAAAAGUAUUUUGUAGGACAGUUAGAGUUUCUCAAUAAGGAUGAUAUUGAACAGAAAGGUAGCAUAACAGUUGAUUAUAAAGACUUAGUCAGCAACGGUGGCAUACAGGAAAGUAUUCCAUCGCUAUCUGCUGAUGUGAGAGAAAUGCCAGAAAAGAUUCUACAGUGUCUUGGACUAGCUAUUCACCAGGUUUUGAUUCAUGACUUGGAACAACAGGCUUUAGCUUUGCAGCAACAGACACAAAAUGAGGAUGGUGUCAGUGUGGAAGUUCCACCGCUGCUAGUCAGUGUACCUUGCAUUCAUGCUAGGUUGUUAAAUUAUGAGCCUGUGACACCUUUGAAGAAUCUUAAGGCUAACUAUUACGGUAAAUUUGUGUCAGUGAAGGGCACUGUGGUAAGAGUGAGUAAUAUCAAACCCAAGUGUACAAAAAUGGCCUUUCAGUGUAAUACAUGUGGUGAAAUACAGAGAGUUAUUCUACCUGAGGGGAAGUAUACAGUUCCAACAAAAUGUCCAGCAGCUGAUUGUAGAGGGAGAUCAUUCAUUCCAUUAAGAAGCUCCGCCUUGACUGAGACCGUUGACUGGCAAACCAUUAAAGUACAGGAAAUAAUAAUGGAUGAUCAUAGGGAGGCUGGUAGAAUACCAAGAACUGUGGAGUGUGAGCUUACACAUGAUUUAGUUGAUAGUUGUGUUCCAGGUGAUAUGGUCAGUGUCAGUGGAAUUGUUAAAGUUACCAGUAGUGAAGAAGGUCGGGGGAGGAACAAUAAAGACAAAUGUAUGUUCCUACUUUACAUAUAUGCUAAUUCAGUUAAUAAUAGUAAAGGCAAUAAAAAGGGAGAAUCCAAUUCUGGUCUUGCCGUGGACUUCACUCUCAAGGAACUCUAUGCUAUACAAGCAAUUCAAGCAGAAAAAAACCUAUUUCGACUUAUUAUUGGUUCUCUGUGUCCUGCCAUAUAUGGGCACGAAAUGGUUAAAGCUGGCUUAGUUCUGGGAUUAUUUGGUGGGACUCAGAAGUUUGUCAAUGAUAAGAAUCGCAUUCCAGUUAGAGGUGACCCACAUAUCUUAGUUGUUGGAGAUCCUGGAUUAGGAAAGAGCCAGAUGUUACAAGCGGUAUCUAACAUAGCACCAAGAGGUGUGUAUGUAUGUGGCAAUACAACCACUACUGCAGGGUUAACUGUGACACUGACGAAAGAAAGCUCAUCCGGUGACUUUGCAUUAGAAGCCGGUGCACUGGUUCUUGCAGAUCAAGGGUGCUGUUGCAUUGAUGAGUUUGAUAAGAUGGCAAAUCAACAUCAGGCACUGCUAGAAGCCAUGGAACAGCAAAGUAUCAGUAUUGCCAAGGCUGGUGUUGUGUGUAGUUUACCAGCUAGAACCUCCAUCUUAGCUGCUGCUAAUCCAGUUGGUGGACAUUAUAACAAAGCAAAAACAGUGGCAGAAAAUCUCAAGAUGGGUAGUGCAUUACUAUCUCGCUUUGAUUUGGUUUUUAUUUUGAUGGAUAAACCCGAUGAGGAAAUGGAUUGCAUGUUGUCAGAACAUGUCAUGGCUUUACACUCUGCUGGCAGUGCUAGAAGGACAGUGAGUAGUGCAAAAGUAAGAAGAGAAACAUUGGAAGGAAAUGAUAAAGAUGGUGAUGAAGAUAAGAGAUUAUGGGAUGAAGAGAAACCACUUUCUGAAAGAUUGAAGUCUGUCAGAGGAGAGGCUUUUGAUCCAAUUCCUCACCAGUUACUUAGAAAGUAUGUAGGAUAUUCCAGGAAAUAUGUCCAUCCUAAACUGACACCUGAAGCAGCUGGUGUUUUACAGAAGUUCUAUCUUGAGCUGCGUAGACAGAGACAAGGACCUGAUAGUACACCGAUUACCACAAGGCAGCUGGAGUCACUGAUUAGACUGACAGAAGCUAGGGCAAGAUUAGAAUUAAGAGAGAAAGCUACUGCACUGGAUGCACACAAUGUGGUAGAGGUCAUGAAAUACAGCAUGGUAGACACUUACAGUGAUGAACUUGGUUUGUUAGAUUUCCAGCGAUCUCAGCAUGGGUCUGGUAUGAGUUCAAGAUCACAGGCAAAAAAGUUUAUAGCUGCACUCAGUAGAAUUGCUGAGCAAACUUACAACUCACUAUUUACUGUGCAACAAAUGAGACAGAUAGCAAGGGAUGCAUCAAUUAUGGUUGGUGACUUUGAAGAUUUCAUUGCGUCUCUCAACAACCAAAGUUAUUUACUGAAGAAAGGACCAAGAGUAUAUCAACUACAGACAAUGUCUUAGUCCCUGUAGUUAUAU